AGUAGGCAGCAACCAUCAGAAAAGAAGAAAAACCAUAAGAUAGUCUUUGUUUUAUAACAAUAUAAAAUCUUCAUAAGCUUAUGGUCAAAUCAAGCACCAACCACCACAGAAUAAAGAAUACAUACGUAGUUAUAUAACUUAUUGUUCUUUGAGAACUUGUCCAGAGCAUGAUUCCGCAUAUGCAGCUGAAGUUUCCCUGUCAAAUGGUGUUGAUUACAUAGAAAAAUACAAAUUCAAAUCAGUAUUCUAUGAUGAUUGGGAGGUUAACAGCAUGAAAGUUUGUUGAGGUUUUGUUUCUUCCUUGUUUCAAGGGGAUUCAUUGUUGGCGUACAGGUUUUGCCAGGUUGAGAAGAAGAAAGAUGGAGAAGGAACCUAGAACAAGGGUGGUGAAUUGUGCAACUCUGGCAGUCUGUUUAGUUUUGAUUGUUCUGCUUUAUGCUGCAUUUUUUCCAUCAAAUGACACUGCAUUUCAGUCAUGGAAGGACAGGUUUUCGGAUUCAAGAGGCAGUCUCAGCAGUGAUAGGGUUGAUGUUGAUGCAGUUGAUUCUCAGGAAUUUCUGUUAAGAAGACUUGUUAGAGGAGAUGACAGGGUUCAGCUCGACUCCAAUGGAUUUUCCUGCCAUACUGAUGUUCAUUCAGAAGUAUGCCUUGUGGACAAUCCAGUAAGGAUUGAUAACAAAGCAUUAACAGUUUAUGCACCAUCUGAUCAACCUCAAGUUAAGAGAAUGGUUCAGCCAUAUGCAAGGAAAGAGGAUGAAACUGCUAUGAAACUUGUUACACCAGUUCAGAUACUGUAUGGAAACACCAACCCACCAGCUUGUGGAUUCACCCACAAUGUCACAGCGGUGGUCUUCUCCUCUAGAGGAUUCACAGGAAACGUGUUUCAUGAGUUCAAUGAGAUUGUCAUCCCUUUAUUCAUCACUUGCCACCAUUUCCAAUCCCGCCUACAGUUUGUCAUCACUGACUUCCAGCCUUGGUGGGUUCAAAAGUACAACAGGAUUCUUUCUCACUUGUCUAGUUAUGGGGUCAUAAAUCCUGAAGCAGAUGGAAGUGUUCACUGCUUUCCAGGGGCUGUAAUAGGGCUUAAGUAUCAUGACAAUCUAGCCCUCAACACUACUGAUAUUCCAGGAGGUUAUUCCAUGUUUGAUUUCAGGCAGUUCCUAAAGGAAUCAUACAAUCUGAGAGUAAAGCAUGUGUCUGAGAUUGAGAAGCCAGUGCUGAUGCUUAUAUCGCGCCGUGAAACAAGAAGGUUUUUGAAUGAAGAUGAAAUGGUGGAAAUGAUGGAGGAACUAGGCUUUCAAGUCAUAAGGGCAGAACCUGGCAGGAUGUCUAACUUAGACAAGUUUGCUGGGGUAGUGAACUCCUGUAGUGUCAUGGUUGGAGCUCAUGGUGCUGGCCUAACAAAUGAAAUAUUCUUGCCCACUGGUGCAGUGAUGGUUCAGGUGGUGCCACUGGCAAACGAAUGGGCUGCAGCCAACUACUUUGGAGAACCAGCAAAGGAAAUGGGUGUCCAAUACUUGGAGUACAAGAUUGAACCAGAGGAAAGUUCUCUCUUUGACGCUUAUGGCAGAGAUCACCCUGUCAUUACUGAUCCAGAAUCUGUUAUCUCUAAGGGCUACUAUGCUUUCAGGUCUGUGUAUGUUGAUGGCCAAGAUCUAAAGAUCAAUUUAGAGAGAUUUAAGAAGACCCUUAUUGAAGCUAAGCAACUUCUUGGAAGCUCAACUCCCUUUGAUCCAUGAAUGUUGAUGUGAUCAUCUU